AUGGUAGUAUUAGCAAAUUUUUAUGCUGGUAAAACAGUAUUAAUUACAGGUGCAACAGGAUUUGUUGGAAAAGUAUUAUUAGAAAAGAUGGUAAGAGAUUUACCAGAUAUUGAAAAAAUCUAUAUCAUCAUUCGUGGUAAUGCAAAGGAGAGAUUUGAAGAGGACAUAUUGCAAUCACGUAUUUGGGAUACUUGCAAGGCAAAAAUGGGCGAGGCAGCAUUCAACGCCCAUAUUCACAACAAGGUUGUAGCAAUUGGUGGAGAUUUGUCUAAGGAGGGAUUAGGGUUAUCAAGUGAAGAUUAUCAAACAGUUGUUGACCAAGUAAAUGUAAUCAUUCAUUGUGCAGCAUCUAUUGAUUUCCGUGAACGUUUAGAUAAGGCCAUCUCAUCGAAUCUCUAUGCGUCAUUGAAUAUGUUGGACCUAUCUAAACGUUUAAAGAAUGUAGUUGCAUAUGUACAUUGUUCAACAGCAUACGUUAAUUCAAAUCGUGAAGGUUGGUUAGAUGAAGAGUUACCAGUACUAGAUUUCAAUCCAGAGGAGAUGGUAGAUUUAAUUAUGAAACAAGAUAUUCAGACAUUGGAGCGUAUAACACCAAAUCUCUUGGGUGCCUAUCCAAAUACAUACACUUUCACCAAAGCUAUCACCGAACGUAUCCUCGCCUUAAAACGUGGUGAUAUCCCAAUGUGUUUCUUACGUCCAACCAUUGUUGGUGGUUCACUCAAAGAACCAGUACCAGGUUGGGUUGAUUCUGUUGCUGCUAUUGGUGCCGUUAUGCUCUAUUGUGGUGUUGGUCUCGUUCAAUUUAUGAAAGGUGAUGGUCGUAUGGUUGCUGAUAUCGUACCAGUUGAUCAUGUUGCUAAUGCUUUAAUUGCUUCUGCUGUUGCAAUUGGUAAUCAAAAUGUUUUAAAAAUUCAUCAAAUUGGUACUAGUCAUAGAAAUCCAGUUGCAUGGAAUAGAAUUUCACAUUAUGUUACAGAAUAUUGGAGAAAUCAUACACCAAAGAAAUCAAUUGCAAGAUCACAAUUUUCAUUCCAUAGUAGUACAGUUAUGUAUGAAGCUCAUUUCUUUAUGAGAUAUGGUGUACCAAGUGCAUUGUUACAAGUGUUAUCAACAUUGACAGGUAGUGAAGAUACAAAGACUAAAGCAGAAGGAUUCAAAAAGAUGACAAGAGCAGCAAGAUUAAUUUGUGAUACAUUUAAACAUUUCACAGCUCAUGAAUGGGUAUUUUCAGUGACAGCAUUGGAAAAGGUAUAUCAAGAUCUAUUGGAUGGCGAAGAUAGAGUUAAAUACAAUUGUGAUGCAGCAGAGAUCAAUUGGCAAUCAUACUUUUGUUACUUUUGUUUUGGUUUACAUAAAUACGUUAUGAAAGAGGAGGGAGUUCGUCCACCAACCGAGUUAUUGAAUACCUCAAUCAUCACCAAAUCCGAUGUGAACCAAAGUGGUUUCUUCCAAUGGGUAUUUGCUGAUAUUAGUUGGGCAUCGACAUCCUAUCGUCAUGUAACACAAACUCCAUUACCACCAAGAGCACCCACUGAAAUUCGUUCAUUGGUUAUGAAUUCACCACGUGUUCAACAAGCUAUGGAGAAGGUCUCCCGUGAGGAGGGAGUGUUGGUGUCAGAGAUUGAGAAGCGUGCCAAUCAAAUCAUGGAGAGAAUGCAAUCGAAUCUCAACGUUUCAGUUGUCAGAGUUUUAGGUUGGUUCUUAAAGAAAGUUUGGAGAAAAAUCUAUCAAGGAAUCCACGUUGACGAGAAAGGUAUUGAACUCAUUCGUGAAGCCAUCAAGAAAUCACCAGUGGUCUUGAUACCAACUCAUCGUUCUUACAUUGAUUUCUUAAUCAUCUCUUACAUCUUCUUUGAAUACAAUUUACCAUUACCACAUAUUGCAGCAGGUGAAGACUUUUUAUCAAUCAUCAUCGUUCGUUGGUUCUUUAGAAAUGCUGGUGCUUUCUUCCUUCGUAGAACUUUCCAUGGUGAUUCAUUGUAUUGGGCUAUCUUUUCCGAAUAUGUUCAAAGAUUGGUCAUUGAUAAUCAACCAAUGGAAUUCUUUAUCGAAGGUAAAAGAUCACGUACUGGUAAAUCAUUACAUCCAAAGAUGGGUUUACUUUCAAUGGUUUGUCAACCAUUCUUUGAAAAUCGUGUUCAAGAUGUCCAUAUCGUACCAAUUGGUAUCUCCUAUGAAAAGGUAUUAGAAGGUGAACUCUACUCAAAUGAAAUGAUGGGUGAAAGUAAAACCAAAGAGUCAUUCAAUGGUUUAUUACGUGCUUCAAAAGUUUUAAAAAUGAAUUUCGGUAGAAUUAAUGUUGUUUUCACUCCACCAAUUUCAAUUAAACAAUAUUCUGAAGAUAAAUCAAAUGAAAUUUCAUCAUUACGUCGUUUAAAUCCAUUAUCAUAUAAUAUUAAUAAUAAUAAUAAUAACAAUAACAAUACAAAUAGUAAUAAUACCAGUACAAAUAAUAAUAAUAAUAAUAAUAAUAAUAAUACAAAUAGUGAUGAACAAUCAAAUAUAAUUAAACCAGUUGUUAAUACAAAUAGUGCAAAUAUUAGUGAAGGUGAUUUUGAAACUCAAAUUAGUAAACCAGAUACUCGUUCAAUUGGUACAUACUUUGAUCCAUUUAAUAAUGAUGAUGAUCGUCGUUUAUUAAUUCAAGAUCUUGGUUAUCAAGUAGUUAGAGAUUUAAAUAAAUCAGCUAUUAUUACAACUACAUCAGCUGUUGCUACCAUUCUUUUAUCAUUCCGUCGUGGUAUUAAUCGUGAAGAGUUAAUUUCAAAGGUUGAAUGGAUACGUGAAGAAAUUUUCGCACGUGGUGGUGAUGUAGCUUUCGAGGGUCCUUCCGAUGCUUUAGUUGAUCAUUCACUUAAACUCUUGAGUAAUUUAGUUUCAAAACGUAGAAAUAUGUAUGAACCUGGUUCUGCUCAAUUGGGUGUAACCAAUAAGAACUAUAGAAAGAAUAUUUUAGUUUUAAAUUUCUAUAGAAAUCAAUUAUUACAUUUAUUCCUUUGGGAUGGUUUAGUAUCUUUAGUAAUUUUAUCAAUUUUACAAUCAAGAUCAACAAUUGAACAACCAGCAGCAGCAGCAGUACAACAAUCAACUAUUAAUACAAAUAAUGUUUCAACAACAACAACCACCACAUUAAAUUUAAAUUCAGUUGAUCAAGAAACUUUAAUUACUGAAGUUAGAUUUUUAGCAAAAGUUUUAUCACAAGAAUUUGUUAAUCAACCAGGUUAUGAUACUGAUGAAUUUAUUCUUAAAGAGAUUAAUCGUAUGGUUUCAAGAGGUAUCAUUAGUAAAGAGGUUAGUGGCACCACAUCUUGUUAUGGUGUAAAGAGUGAAGGUGCUUGUGGUUUCUAUGCAAAUCUUUUCUAUCCAUUAAUUGAGGGUUACAUGGCAGGUAUUUUAACACUCUUUUCAAUUCAACCAGAAAUGUGUAUCAAAAAGAAUCAAUUCCUCCAACGUAUGGGUUGGUUCUCUGAAAAGAUGUUUGAAGAGGGUAAAUUAAACUUUUAUGAAUCUUGUUCAAUGGAAAUCUUAAGUAAUAGCAUUCAAUUAUUCGAACAAAUGAAAGUCGUCGAAAGAAAGAGACUCGAAGAAGUAGUUGGUAAGAGAACUACUCGUUCAACCAAUUCAAAUAAAAAACCACAAAAACAACAAAAUCAAAGAAGAAAACCAGCUCCAGAAGAAUAUCUUCAACUCUUACCACCAUAUCAAGAUAAAGAUGGUCUCUUAAAAGAAUUGGCUGAAAGAUUAUCAAAAUAUAAAAAAUCUCCACAAUCUAAACAUCAAAUUAAUGAUCUUCGUAGAACUGUUGUUGAAGAUUUCCCAUUAUUAUCUUCAAAACUUUAA